AUGUAUUUAAUUCUUUGCACCAUUUUUAACAUAUCUUGACAUCUCUGUUUAUGUGUUACGCGCAACUCUGCAUUUGUUGAUUUUACAGCUGUACGGUAUAAAACAUAAGUAUUUUUCAUGCGUUUAUACGAAAAAUUUUUGUUUACUUCGUUAUAAAUUAAAAUAAAUAAAAAAUCAUCGUUAAAAUGGAUAUGAUUUUGGCGAAUGUAAAUCAUAUUUUCUUUAAAGUAGAAAGGGAUUUGUCAGAGCAAGUAGGAGCCAUCCCGUUGCCGUUUUUUGGCAUGGACAAAUCUGUCGCGGCUGUGUGUCAGUUUCUCAAUUCAAAAAACGGCAUUGAAUGUACUAAUGGGGCCAUGUGUCCUUUCCGCCAUAUACGUGGUGAUCGGACUAUCGUAUGUAAACAUUGGCUGCGCGGUCUUUGCAAAAAAGGAGACCAGUGCGAAUUUCUCCAUGAGUUUGACAUGAAGAAGAUGCCUGAGUGCUAUUUCUACUCUAGAUUCAAUGCCUGCCAUAAUAAGGAAUGUCCUUUCCUACAUAUAGAUCCCGAAAGCAAAAUCAAAGACUGUCCCUGGUACGAUCGAGGCUUUUGUCGUCAUGGUCCACAUUGCCGACACCGUCACGUUAGGCGCGUACUUUGUAUGAAUUAUUUAUCCGGUUUUUGCCCUAGCGGGUGGAAUUGCAAGCAUAUGCACCCGCGCUUUGAAUUGCCACCCAGCUCAGAUCUCAGUAAAGACCAGUUUCAAAAGAAAAUUCCUACAUGUCAUUUUUGCGGAGAAUUUGGGCAUAAAGCUUCAGUUUGCAAAAAGAAUACAGAAAACAAUUUAGAACAGAUUAAGCCAUCGGGACAUGGCAGGCAUUAUCCGCCAAAUUCCUAUGCUAACCAUCAUAAUAGUUCAGUACAUCAAAAUAGCAAGAACAAUAGCAUCAGCAGUGAAGGACAAGAAAGCACCAAUGAUGAUAACUCUGACCCGUCUCCAAAUAACAGUUCAACAAGUAAUGGUCCUCCUUAUAACAAAGCCGUUAAACCUCUGGAGGAAAUAACAUGCUAUAAAUGCGGCCACAAAGGCCACUACGCCAACAAAUGUCCAAAAGGCCAUUUAGCGUUUCUCUCAAACCAACGCAGUCACAAAUGAUACUCCCCCGAUAUAUAAAUCAAUUUCGUUGUUU